GCUGUGAAUGUAAUUAGUACUCCUGGACCUAUUUAGGAGAAAAGAUUCCCAAGAGGUGAAGAAGAAUCACAGUUCACUUUUUUAAGGCAGUUCAUUCUCACCCAUCUCUUAUACCGUAAGAAGAAAUGGAAAAGAUCCAGCACAGCCACGUACAAGUCAGAGGACUAAAGCUUCAUUUAGCCCAGAUUAAUGUAACCGGUGAAAAGGUAGUGGUGUUCUUGCAUGGGUUCCCGGAAAUAUGGUACACAUGGAGGCACCAGAUGAUUGCUGCUGCGAAUGCUGGGUACCGAGCAAUAGCCAUAGAUUUUAGGGGCUAUGGUCUGUCCGAGCAGCCUCCUGAGCCGGAGAAAGCCACUUUCAAAGACCUUGUUGAUGAUGUUCAUGGCCUCCUUGAUUCUUUGGGAAUCGAUAAGGUUUUUAUUGUUGGGAAGGACUUCGGAGCUAUGCCAGCAUACCUAGUGGCAGCUGUUCACCCAGAAAGGGUGAUAGGCGUUAUAACACUUGGUAUUCCUUUCAUAUUACCCGGUCCUUCCGCAAUCCAAAAUCACCUCCUUCCUAAAGGCUUCUACAUAACGAGGUGGCAGGAGCUAGGGAGGGCAGAAGCGGAUUUUGGCCGUUUUGAUGUGAAGACAGUGAUAAGGAACAUCUACCUUCUCUUCUCAGGAAGUGAGGUUCCCGUAGCAUCAGAGGGUCAAGAAAUCAUGGACUUGUAUGACCCAUCUACUCCUCUGCCACCAUGGUUCUCUGAGGAAGAUCUCUCAGUCUAUGCAUCCUUAUAUGAGAAAUCUGGAUUCCGUUUUGCAUUGCGGGUCCCCUACAGGAGUUUAACAGUGGACUGUGGCAUAACUGACCCAAAAGUCAAAGCUCCAUCGCUACUAAUUAUGGGUGAGAAGGACUAUGUUUUGAAAUUUCCAGGAAUGGAGGAUUAUAUAAGGAGUGGGGCGGUUAAGCAAUUUGUACCUGAUUUAGAAAUCAAGUUCAUGCCAGAAGGGAAUCAUUUUGUCCAUGAACAGCUUCCAAAGCAGGUGAAUGAGCUCAUCAUCACCUUCCUCAACAAACAUAUUUAGUGUCUGAUGAGGAUACUGUUACUAGUAUCUAGAAAUUAGAGUGCAUCUUUGGAAAUAAGCACUGUAACCCUCUUUCACAUGAUGUGAGUUUGUCAUCAAGAUGUGUUUACUUGAAUCUUCAAAAUGGUUCUAAAACUUUUUAUAUAUAUAUAUAUAUAUAGAUUAUAUAUGAA